AAACUAAUAAUAACUAUAUUAUAUAACAGUUAAUAAUAUAAAAUCAAAUUAAUUUAUGGUCACCAGUGGUCAUGUAGCAUGAUGACUGCCGGUGGUCAUAUGGCAGUCAACGUGUUAAUUAUAAUUAAUACUUCUAAACUCUUUUAUCAAGAUCUAUCCUGAAGUUCAAUAAAACGGUAAAACAAUAAAUAUUGCACAACCAUUGAUGCCCAGGCACGAAUUAAAAACAAAAACUUCUGUCAUAACCUAAAUACCUAAUUGGUCAUUUAACAUUUUUACGUUUACCGACUUACUUGACUUUGACUUUUCGACUAUCAAAUAUUUUCUUCAGCCAAGGUAGUUUCAUUGUAUUAUUAUUUCAAUAAAGUUUUACAAUCAUGCUCGAAGUUUUUGAGUUGCAAUGUUGUAUUCAAAAUUAUUUAUGGGGGAAAAAAGGCUUUGCAAGUGAAGUCAGUCGUCUAAGUUUGGCUGGUCAACAUAUAGAUUUUAUAGAUGAAAAACAAUUAUAUGCUGAGUUGUGGAUGGGUGCUCUUCAUAAAAAUCCUUCAUUAGUUAAAAGCUCCGGGCAGAAAUUGAGUGACUGGAUAAAGAGUAACAAUGAAGUGUUAGGUGAAAAAUCUAGAUUACAAUUUGGUGAUCAAUUACCAUUUUUAAUGAAAAUUCUUUCUAUAAACUCAGCCCUUUCCAUCCAAGUGCAUCCAUCUAAGGAUUAUGCUGAAGAACUACAUAAACAAUACCCUGAAAUAUAUCAGGAUUCUAAUCAUAAACCAGAAAUGGCUAUUGCAUUAAGUAACUUUGAAGCACUAUGUGGUUUCCGUCCAUAUUCUGAAAUAAAAUUUUUUUUGGAAGAAAUACCAGAAUUUCAAAUGAUUGUUGGUUAUGACCUUAUUGAUCAAUUUAAAAAAGAUACAACCAAUUCACAACAUUUGCUUAAGGACAUAUUUUAUAAGCUAAUGACAUCUGAAAAAGAAAUUAUAAGCCAAAGCCUUAACAGUCAUAAAAAAAAGUUGCAAUCUCUAUGUGAUGAUAAAAAAAAUGUAUUCUUAGCAAAACUAUUUAAUCAACUUGAUUGUUGGUUUCCAAAUGAUGUUGGAUGUUUCUGCAUAUAUUUUUUAAAUUAUAUUCAACUCUCACCUGGUCAAGCAAUAUAUUUAGGAGCUAACGAACCGCAUGCUUACAUUUAUGGUGAUUGUGUCGAAUGUAUGGCUUGUUCUGAUAAUGUGGUAAGAGCUGGAUUGACACCAAAAUAUAUUGAUGUAAAGACACUAUGUAAGUUGUUAAAUUUCAAUGGAGCACCUGCUGAAUCCAAGUUGUUUUGCGGAGUCAAAGAAAACUCUUAUACAACACUUUUUAGACCUCCAGUUCCAGAUUUUGCAUUGGCUUGCAUUAAAAUUCCUGCAGAUGAAGUUUGUGAAUUGUUGAAAAGAGAUGUUGCUUCUAUAAUUAUUGUUAUUCAUGGUCAAGGUAAAAUAAAUGCUUCACAAGAGUUGACAUUAUCACCAGGAAAAGUUUUCAUGAUACCAGCUAAUGUCAUAAUUCAAAUACAUGUAGGAUUUGAGUCUUUAGAAUUAUAUCAAGCAUUUGUAAACUUAUAAAUCAAAUUUAAAUAAGUAGUAAAAUUCAAAUUGUAUUAGACAUUUUUAAUAAAAUAUACUAAAUUACUAUCAAAUAGCUAA